GGGGCGGGGCGCAAAUACAGCACGUCCAUCUGCUCGUUGUCAUGGAGGAGCAAAGAUGGCGAUACUGGCCUACAGCCUGGGUAAACGGGAAAUAAAUCAGUAUUUUAGCAUUAAGAAUGCAAAAUUACUGUCUGUCGUUGCUGUCAUUAUCCUCACCGUGUACCACGGAGUCUCUCGGCAUUAUGGAGGCCGGGACACGUGCGAGUGGCUUCUAUCUAAUGGACGGUUCCUAGGAGACAGUGUGUGGCAGCCAUAUGGCUGCAUGAUGCACAAGUACAAAAUCAAUGAAGCAAAAGCUUGCCUCAACAAUAAGAGGAUAGCAUUCAUCGGGGAUUCUCGAAUCCGUCAGCUCUUCUAUUCUUUCAUCCAGAUUGUCAACCCUGAGACAAGAGAAGAGGGGAACAAGCAUGAAAACAUUCCCUUUGCAGAUAGAGAAUCCUCUGUGAAUGUGGACUUUUUAUGGCAUGCAGAAGUAAAUAAUUCCAUGAAGGAGCAGUUGACAUCAUGGACAGAGAAACCCUCUUCCAAGCCAGAUGUCAUCAUCGUUGGUGCUGCUACUUGGUCCAUUAAACUGCACAGCGGCAGCAGCGAGUCACUCCUUCAAUACAAAGCAAACCUCACAUCCAUAGCAGCACCAUUGGAAAAACUAACCGAGCACAGUGAAGUCUUUUGGGUUGUACAGGGUCCUGUCUAUGAAAAGGUCUUGAGUGAGAAUCGUAAGAUGAUCACCAACGAGCAAAUUAACCUGUAUAACGCAGCAGCACUCAGCACACUGAGCAGCAGUAAGGGGAGCGCCAAGGCAAGGGUGAAGUUCCUGCAGGCCUCACGGGAGGCUGCCAUGGAGACCAUCACCAAAUCAGAAGAUGGCCUGCACCUUCCUGUGACCGCAAGGAACGUGGGUGCAAUGGUUCUGAUGAACUCCAUAUGCAACAAGAUCCUGAAGCCUAUCGAUGGUUCGUGUUGUCAGACUGUUCCUCCAUUGAGUAUGCUACAAAAACUGGCUGCUGGACUUUUCCUGGUAGCUGCUGUCUGCUUCCUGGUACUGCAUGCUCUCGGCUACACCGGGCACUGGAAGAGCAAGCCCGCGUCUGAUGUUGAGAGCGGAGAGGAGAAGAAACCUCCGUCUGCUGCAGUUCCACUCAUCUUAAAGAAUGCGUUGCAAUCCAUCUGUAAAAUGGGUCUCAUCAUGCUUUACUUCUACCUGUGUGACCGUGCAGACAUCUUUAUGAAGGAGCAAAAGUUCUACACACACUCUACCUUCUUCAUCCCGCUUAUCUAUAUAUUUAUGCUGGGGUUUUUCUACAAUGAGAAUACUAAAGAGGCCAAACUGCUGAACAGAGAACAGACUGAUGAAUGGAAGGGCUGGAUGCAGCUGGUUAUACUCGUCUAUCAUAUAUCCGGUGCCAGUGCUUUCAUUCCUGUGUACAUGCAUGUCCGUGUCCUGGUGGCAGCUUAUCUCUUCCAGACUGGAUAUGGCCACUUCUCCUUCUUCUGGUUAAAGGGUGACUUUGGACUCUACAGAGUGUGCCAGGUGCUCUUUAGGCUCAAUUUCCUGGUGAUAGUGCUCUGCCUUGUGAUGGACAGAUCAUACCAGUUCUACUACUUUGUGCCACUGGUUACUUUUUGGUUUGUGAUCAUCUAUGCCACAAUGGCCAUGUGGCCUCAGAUUCUGCAGAUAAAAGCCAAUGGCAGCAGUUUCUGGCACCUGAUACUUUUACUGAAACUGCUGGGGUUACUUCUUUUCAUUUGCUUCUUUGCAUACUCUCAGGGCUUCUUUGAGAGUAUUUUCUCAGUGUGGCCUGUUUCCAAGCUCUUUGAACUACAAGGAAAUGUCCAUGAGUGGUGGUUCAGGUGGAAACUAGAUCGAUUUGCUGUUAUCAAUGGCAUGCUGUUCGCAUUUAUUUACCUGGUAUUGCAGAAAUAUCAGAUUCUGUCAGAGGGGAAAGGCGAGCCUCUCUUCUCCACCAAGAUUUCUAACUGCUUGCUUUUUAUAUCAGUGGUUUCCUUCAUAACAUACUCCACAUGGGCGAGUAGCUGUAAAGAUAAGACUAAGUGCAAUGAGAUGCAUCCCUUCAUAUCUGUGGUUCAGAUUCUGGCGUUUGUUCUCAUCAGGAACAUUCCUGGUUACGCUCGUUCUUUGUACAGCUCCUUUUUUGCAUGGUUUGGAAAAAUCUCAUUAGAGCUCUUCAUCUGUCAGUAUCACAUCUGGCUGGCCGCUGACACCAAGGGCAUCCUGGUCCUGAUUCCGGGAAUCCCCUCCCUAAACAUCGUCAUCAGCACCUUCAUCUUCGUGUGUGUCGCUCACGAGAUCUCGCAGAUCACUAAUGACCUAGCCCAGGUGGCCAUACCUAAAGACAGUGGCUCUUUGCUCAAGAGAUUGCUGGCUACUGGACUGUUCAUGGGGCUGGUCCUCAUGCUGUCUAACAGCAGCUGGGCCUGAGACCGAAGGAGCUUAGCGAGUGAGUUGAUUCACUGGAACACAUCUUGAAUAAAAAUGCAUUUUAGGAACAGACUUUUAGCUGGCACACUGAAUACAAUCAUGUCUCUGAGCAAAGCCACAAUGCACUCCUUACUUUAUGAAGACAGUGAGCGCAUAUUUUUUAUAGAAUGUAUGCAGAGCCCAUUGAGUCCUGUGUGCUCACUGACUGACUUUUUCAGACAAGAGUAAAUCCGACACCGACAUCACAGGGAAUGGAAACUCUGCAGCUCUAUCCCACCCAUGUUUUGUAUAGUAUUUAAUGAUGUAAAUUAAGUUUACUUUGUACAGCUGGGUCUUUGUGUCACCUCAAUGGUCGUGUCUGUCCUUUUUAGGGUUUUUUGGGGUUUUUUUGGGGGGGGGGUGUUAAGCCCAUGUCGAUAAAAUAUGAAUAGUGUUUUAUGUUUCACACUCCAUGCAGUACACGGUGCACCACAUGCCAACAGCUUCUUUUGUUACUAGUCAAUGAAUUAACCACUAUUGUUAAUGUUUGUAUAGUUUUAAUGAAUCCUUUCAGCAGAUCUUAAUUGUCCUAAAUCUCAACCAGGGUAUUCAUGGCUCAUUAACAAGUGUAACAAAAAUCAUUCCUUUUCAAAUUAAGGCUAUUAAAAAUACCUGGAACAUUUAUUUAUAUUUGCUAAUUUCAUGAAUUUGAAUAUAUAAAAUGGCCUUUAGAAGACCAGAUCUAUUUAUCUUGAUACUUUUGUUCAUUUUUUUUUUUUAACUAAAUUACUCUUAUUACUGAAGAAUACUGUGGUUACCUCCUGGAUUCUUGGCGACUUUUAUGUACUCUUAAAAGUGUAAAUAAAUUAGUUAGUUAUCUGAAGUACAUUCAGACGUAAUCAGAAAUUUGGAUCUUUCACUGGUACGUCACUUCUGUCCAGUAAUGUUUGUUUUCUCUCUCUCUCUCUCUCCCCUUUGCUACAGUGACCCUUUUCACUAAUAAUACAAUCAUUUAAUAUAUCAAGAAGGCUCCGUUUUCAAGCAACUGUUUUGAUAUUUACCUUUUAUGUAAAUGUAACAGUGUAAUAAGUGUUGGAAAAGGCAUUAACAAUGCCUCAUAGUGAUAUUAAAAUGAAAUGUUCUGAUACCAGGUGAACAGACAUGUUACACUUUUUUUUAUCAGCAAAAGGGUCAAUGCAUGAACUACUGAAAGAUUUAUCCCAAGACUGUACGAUAACGUACAUCCAGAGUUGUGACAGUUUAUUACCCUGUUACAUAUUAUUACAUUUUUACACGCAUCUUUAACCAAGUGGAGUAAAAGCUGCUUUCUUGUUAUAAUCCUGUGAUAUGAAUAUCGAUGGCAAACCAAAAAAAAAAAAGGUAUGAGGGGUGAAAGUCCUACAGACCAAGCUAAGCUAAGCUUUUGUGAAGUUUUUAUAAGAACAAUAUCGAAUCCUUUUUGUGCUGUAUGUAUCUGUCCAGCUUUUAUAUUUCAGUAAGUACAAAAAGCUAAACAUUACUAUCCUCCGUGGGUUUUUUUUUUUUUACUGUCUUUGAUUGUAUGUCGAUUGUGCUGUUAGGAGGUUGCGUUUAACCAUUUUUUAAAGCUACUACUAACAAGGAGUUGAAAAAUUACACAGCUUUAAUCCCUUAACUGAAAGCGUGAACGCAUCAGAGUAAAUUUAGACAAAUCACUUCUACACGUUUUCUCGAAGGCAGCUGGUAUAACGUCAGUUUAUUCUGUUAAAUUACGGCCGAUCUAUUGUUUAAAUGUUUAAAUUGUUAAAUUGUUUAAAUUUAUUUAUGCUGUUAUUUGGAUGGUCAGAAAGAGCCAAGGAUGUAUAACGAUUAUGCACAUUGUGCCAAGGCAGUCUUCAUCAUCCUCGUCUAAGGGCCACUAGGUGGAUGCAAGGUACAAUGAUCAGUAAUUUCAUUUUGUACCAUAGCGUUGUUUCAUAGUGAUGGUAUUUUGCAGAUCUACAAAAUCUGCGCAAUCUUUAAGCCUUUUCUUCCAUUAUAGGAAGACAAGAUAAAAAGCAAACAAGAUCUUGAGUAAAAGUUAAACGUUUGAUUUCCUGAAGUUGGCGUUUAAGCCAGGACGCAGCUAUAAUCGCUAUAUAUAGAACGGAUUCACGCCACUUUACAGCUAUUUAUCCAAUUGUAAAUGUGUGGAUUUUAUUUUCUAAGACUUUGUUCAAAUGUUUUGUAUACUUUAGUUUGGACCUCUGUAAAAAGAAAAAAAAAGAUUCAUACCAUGCUGAUGUAAAUAUAACUGGUUUGUCCUGAAAUGUGAAAAAGGAUGUAUUUUCUUUUAGAAAUGCAGUUUUGUUGUUUCAUCGUCAGUGAUAAAACACCUUGCUGAA